GCGGCGUUUGUGCGCAAGCGCGUUGCAACAGUCAGAUGACGUGGGCGGGGUAAACGGGCGUCUAUCUGCCACAUGGCUCAAUUGGCCAGGCGCUUUGGUCGAGGGAUCGAGCCCGCCGCUUGCAAGAACAUUUGGUCGACGACCUGCUCAGCCGCCUCGAUAUCCUUCUGUCCCUGAGCGGCGCACUAUGGACGAUGCUCUCCAACAAGUUAGGGCUUCGUUGAGCUGGCGGUCAGUCUUUCGCGCUGUGCAGACUGUCGCCGUCCCGAUACUGUUGUCCAUCGUGGUCAACUACUUCGCUUCGCAGCGGAAGCCAGAACCCCCACCCGCCCUCUACCUGCCAGUCCUAAAGGACAUUGGAUUCACCCCCAGAACGUACCCGGUGACAUACCGUCUAGACUCAGUUGAUUUUCAUAGCUAUGAGCGGGUAUUGAACGUCACUACCAACGUCCCUGAUACGACCGCCGUCAUAUUGAAUUGGGCACGCUUCCCGAACGUCCUUCUCAUCACAUCUCUGUUAUGCGGUCCCUGGCUGCAAGACACGAUUGCAGGAGUUGUGAUAUGGAACAACAGUCCUAGGAUCUUGACGUACGAAGAUCUCAAACAUACUGGCUGUCCAAAGGAUAAGCUAUACAUUCACAACGCACCGGGGAACGCGUACUUUCAGGGCCGCUUCCUGGGCUGCGCCGCGGCUAAGACACCAUACUGCUACAUACAGGAUGACGAUUACCUCGUUCGUGCAGAGAUCAUAAGGUCUCUGCGCGCUCGCCUCGCCAGCUCGGAUGACCCUCACACCAUUCACCUGCUUCCAUCGCAUGAACACCUGUCAAGCUCCCUGCGCGAGAUUCACGUCCCUAAGCCAGACCCUUCAUACAUCUCGGACAUUCACACGUCAUUCGCAUGGCUUGGCCACGGCUCCAUCAUGCAUCGCUCCCAGGCAGAUGAAUUCCUGUCCUUGAUGCGCUACCUGCGGGCUUCACCGGACGAGAUGAAGAUGGCCGACAACUACUUCACCAUCCUAAGCAACCGCGUGCCGGAAAUCUGGUUCGACCAAAGUUUUGGGCUCGGCGGUGGUAAUGCUUUCACAGUCGGAGAGGAAGGGAACCAACGAAACGCAAGGCAUACCCUCAGGGCUACGCAAUAUCUGGAUUCUCUGACGCGUUGUGGGGCCGCCUCAUGUGGACCCGAAGCCCAGUCGAAACCAGCUAGAAUGAAGAUACCCUACCUCUCGUUGGCCGACCACCCACCCCGGUCCCGAUUGUCGCGUGCAGCAUGUGGCGGUGCCUCGUGUGUCCUCGAAACCAAUAUCAGACUGUUCCCAGAUGCUAUUAUUCGCACCGCAGAUAGCGCGGAGAAGAUACUUACGAUAGAGGAACAAAAUCUCGUUAUUUUGGGGACCGCCGGCAAGCAAGAGUACGAAAAUCAUCCGCUGUCGCAUGCCGUGGAUACCCGCCCAGAUACGGCAUUCCGGAGCUUCGCAAAUGCCCGGGCGGGCGAUGUGAUCGUCUUAGACGUCCUCGGGGAUAUCAGCGACGCACAUGAAUGGCAGGCAGUCGAGCUGGUCUGGCUCGUUGAUGCGGAUACCGAGGAAACAUUGAAUGCGAGCGCGUUUGAUUAUUCGAUGGACAACCAAAACUGGCGGCAAACACUACACAAACCGCUCUGUGACGACGCGAGAGGACCGACACUAGGCGAGGACAAUGGUGCUGGGCAGGCAAUCCAACGAGAAUGCAGUGUCCAAGUCGUUCUCGCCUCGACUGACUUGCAUCUGCGAGCAACUGGUCGAUAUUUCCGAGCCAAGCUUCAAGAAGACCGACAGCGGCCUUGGACAAUUUUCGAAGUGUGGCUGAGAGGGCUGUAGUUGCUGUGUAGAGGAUUUUGCGCCCAUACUGCUUCAUGUCUGUCGCCUCAGUCUCAAGUACUCUUAGAUUGGACAGCUCAAAGAUGUACAAAUUAGCUACAGCAUAAUAGAACCUACAUAUCAGCGACCA